UCGAUCUAUUUGUCCGUCCGACAAUUAUGGCUAGCCCCGAAGGUCGCACCCGUCAAAGGCUGCUGAAUGUGGCUAUUGAGCGUCUCAAGGAUGGGAGCGACUGCUACGAUCCCAGUAGCUCACUAUACGAUGUGGGCAACAAGCUCGAGAAGCUCCUGUCGGCGUGCGCAAAGCGGCGUAAGGUCGUCGAGGCCGAUCCGAGCAAGGGCGUCUGCACGUUCUCAUCUUCCCCCCUGACACCUCCUGAUGCUUUAGCCUUCACAACCGCUGGCAAGCAGUCGCAAGGGGGUGCUGAUCUCUUCUCUUUAGAUCAGCUCGAUAGCCAGCUACUACGUUUUGGCGGCCGCAGCCAAGUACCUCAUCCUCCAAGUGUCAGCAACAACAAGAAGGGACAAGAGCCCUCCGCCUCGCUUGCUAGCGCUAGCGCUGGUGGUAGAGGCACGUUUGGAGACAACACAGGCAUCGGAGACCUUUCGAUGUUGUCAGACGUAGCGUUGCAACAGCAGCUUAACGACUCGAGCUAUACACCGCCUUCUUCGCUCGAUAUGCCUAUGCCAGCCUCCUGGGAAGACCCCUUUGCGUCUGACCAAGAUGGCGUAAUGGACUGGGAGAAGGUUUGGGCCGACAUCUUUUCUACCGUUGACAUGGCGCGUUGAGGAGCUGCGGUCGCGACACCUCAGACACCUCUCAGUAAGCCGGCCCUAGAAAUUCUUUGUUCAAUGACGCGCGCGCGUCUUUUCGUUUGCUUGCAUUGUGGCGUUUCGCGCGUAACGCCCGGUGUAGGGAGAGAGAUUCCUCGAGACGCCGGUUGUUCAGCCCGCUAGAGUUCCAUUCCGCGACCGAGCGCGAGAGACGGAAAAUUGCGCGGGUUCCGACGGGUCCAGUCAAUCUCAACUAAAGCUUCCCACUGCUCAUGUCGAUUCGCGAGUG